AAUUAGAAAGCAAGAGAGAAACAGAUACGUGGGCCCAGCUUCCAUCCAUCUCCGGUGAACUGGUCCCUCUAGAAAAUUCCCCAAUCCCACACUGCCACUCUGCCAGAUCAAAGUCACGCGCUAGGUUGAGUCCCGCCCAAUUCAAAUUUCAAAAGCAUUCCGCCAUGACAAAACCCACAGCUGGUUUCCAGACGCCGCGCCCUUCCUCCCUUCGCGCCUCCUCCACCGCCGGCGCCCGCUCCUCUGCAGCGAAGCUCGCGGUCGCCAGCGCCGUCCCCAGGGACCUCGCCUCCAGCACCAAGGUGGUGCGUAAGUGUCUGGACUACGACGGCGACACCACCCUCCCUGCUCCCGCAGCCUCCACGACGCCUCUGGUUGACGUCCUGGAGGACGACCUCGCGCCUCUGCUGGACCUGCCAGACCCUGACGUCUCCGGCGAUUCCUCCUCCUCCGUCAUCUUCGCUGCUCCGGAUGACGCGGUGAUAUCUUCCGCCGACUCCACUGUCACCGAGCUACAGGUCGCCGCGCCCACCGACUCCAUCACCAACAGCGACGCAGACCUCCCAGUCCUGGAGCAAAUCAACCUCGCCAUGUCUGAGCUGCAUGCAGCCGACAGCCUCAGCCCGCGCUCCAAGCGCCUCCUCACGGCGCUCGCCGAGGCUGCUAAGGCCGAGCUCAUCCCCUCGGACACCGCGCGCCGCCUACGUGGCGCCGCCUUCUGGGGCAAGGUGCGCGUUUGGGUCCUCGCCGCGACGGUCACCACCGUGACCACCAUCGACGUCGCGCUCGCCGCCUACCUCUAUGCGCGCCGCGUCAACAACCGGUACCACGUCAUGCCCCCAACCUGAUCCCAGCACCACGUACCCCGACCGCCUUCCGUGCGCCUCGACCACGAUCGGGUCGAUCGCCCAGACGAAACUGUGAUCGAUCCCCCUCAGUUGUUUAGUUCUAUAAUUCUAGCGCGUUGCAUCAUUAAGACAUUAGCAUUGGUGGCAGUGUGGCACCCUGGUAGAGGACUACGGGUCAGAAAAGUAUAUUCAGAAGAGUACGAUUUA